AUGACGACGUUCGCACCCCCCGCCCGCCGCGGCGACUUUCUCUACUCGUCCCUCCUCUACGCCUCCGCAGGACCUACGCCCUCCAACGCCCACCCCCGCGCCACCGUCGCCGAGCUCGCCGCCCUCCUGCGGCCCCCAGCGCCCAAGUUUCAACCUGACCUCUCCUCCUCUUCAUCACCCGUGGCGAAAGAUCCGCCCUGGCACUUUUGGACGGCCCAACUAAUCCAUUAUGGAUUGCCUGUUACGAAGGAGAAGAAUGCGGCCAAAGUGAGGCUGUUGAAUGCGUUGAAUUCUUUCCAGCUUGAGGUGCCCGAGUGGGUGAGGAGGGUCGAGGGGGAACUCAAGAGUGAGUGGGAGGGGGCGAAUAGGAGGGGUGGGAAGAGUAGUCAGGCGUCUAAGCAGGAGGGUACGCGCGGGGUGGGUUUGGGAAGUUCGCAAGGUAGUGGUGGUGUGAAUGUCACUGGUGGUCUCGUCUCGAUGGGAGAGCAAGUGCACAGUAGCGGCCAGAAAGCACCGAACAGCAGUGCAAAGAAGGCGGUGCCAACAAAGCGGAAGCGACGUAAUAGCGACGACCUCUGUGCGAUUCCGCAUCCAGCUACUCCAAAGAAAGCAAGCAACACCAGGAUCAAGAGCGAGUCGACGACCCCGAGGAAGCACAUCAAGAAAGAACCUGCCCCUGUCUCAAGCCCAGCUCGACCGCGCGUCAAGCGCGAACUCACCUCUCCACGCUCCUCCCCCUACAUCAAGCCGGACCCGUACGCAAACGACAGAUCGCGAACUCCAGCCGGGACCCUCCUGAGCGGCGCAUACAGCAUAGCCGCCUUCUGCGAUAACCCGCAGUACGACAACGACGUCUUCACCCUGACACUCUACCGGGACUCCUCGCACCACGGCAACACCUGGUGGGCGACCAUCGCCUGGGGCCCGCUCGAUGGCAUUAUUCAGAUGAAUCCUGGUCCUGGCGAUACCUUGGGCCGGUCCUGCUCGCUGGGCUGGCGGGUGCGCGACGUGCAGGUUGAUUGUCUGACGUUUGGACGCAAGUGUACGGGCGAGAUGACGUUCUUUGCCAACCAGACGUUGAGGGGCGCGCUGCAUAACGUGCCUGAUAUGGGCACCGUGGAGAUUGAAGGCACGAGGCUGCCGGGCCCGAGUGCAGAGUGGGAUUUCCAGGACGAGUGGGAUGCGUUUCCUAGAGAAGCCUAUGGACGUUAA